CGACAUUUCGACCGGCAAUCCAGCUCUGUGUGUUCCCUCCGCUGGCGCCUUUCCACCACGAUCUCUGUUUAUCUUCCCGUCCAUCUCCUCGGACGCCCGACAGGAUGAAGCUCAGGGCCUUCAGUCUGCUCCUCUUGGCCGCCCUCCAGCCUGCCACGUCCGCUAGCGCCGCGAACCCGGUACGGCGAGACUACGCCAGCCACGAAUACUAUGUCAUGCAACACGACCCCAGGGCCCCCGGAAGCGCAUCGCUGGACGAGUGCGCCAAGGCUUUGGGCGUGGAGCUGGUUGACCGGGCGGGGGAGCUAAAGGAUCAUUGGCUGGUGCGGGCGCCCAAGGCCGAGGCGAUGUCACGGAGAACGACGAGCGGGAGCGGAGUAGCGAGGGACGCGGUAGAAGAGAGGUGGGAGAGGCUACGGAGACGGGCGGCGAGCAGGAGGACCUCGAUCUUUUCCACCCGCGCCGCGGACAUGCAGCGGGCGAAGCGGGUCGCGAGCGCCAUCCCGUAUCUUGAGAAACAGGUGCCUCGGCAACGCGUAAAGCGGGACGACUCCCUCAUCGCUCGUGCACCACCACCCAUCAUCGAGGAGGUCGGAGCCGGUGAAGGAGACGGAUACAACGCGUCAUCGGCGCAUUCGGUUGCGCUACACUUCGGUUUCGCAGACCCUGAGUUCCAGAAGCAGUGGCAUCUAGUGAACGACGAGUUUCCGGAGCAUGCUAUGAACGCAACGGGCAUCUGGGAGAUGGGAAUCACGGGUGAGGGCAUCAUCAGUGCGCUAGUCGAUGAUGGAUUGGACUAUAACAGCGACGAUUUGGCGGGCAACUUCGAUGCUCUUGGCUCGUAUGACUUCAACGAUCACGUCGACCUACCAACGCCCGUACUCUUUGACGAUCACCACGGCACUCGCUGUGCAGGUCAAAUCGCCGCCGUGAAGAACAACGUCUGUGGUGUCGGCGUUGCCUAUGGAUCUAAGGUCGCUGGUCUACGGAUAUUGUCGGGACCAAUCUCAGAUAUCGACGAAGCCGCCUCGUUGAACUACGCAUUCCAGAACACCUCCAUCUAUUCCUGUUCUUGGGGCCCUGCCGACGAUGGUCGCUCGAUGGAAGCACCUGGAUACCUCGUUGAGAAGGCCGUCGUCAAUGGCAUCAACAAUGGUCGAGGCGGGAAAGGCUCUAUCUUCGUCUUUGCUGCCGGAAACGGCGCUGGCUCGGGUGACCAGUGCAACUUCGACGGGUAUACGAACAGCAUCUACAGCAUCACCGUUGCAGCUAUCGAUUAUAAGGGUCUGCAUCCGUACUAUUCCGAGAGCUGCGCGGCAAACAUGGUGGUCGCAUACACGUCCGGGUCAGGAAAUCACAUUGUGACUACGGACGUCGGUAAGAACAAAUGCGCCAAGAACCAUGGUGGUACCUCUGCUGCGGCGCCUAACGCCGUUGGGGUCUUCGCCCUCGCACUGUCAGUUCGCCCAGACCUUACGUGGCGUGACAUGCAGCACCUUGCCAUGCGUACAGCGAUCAAGGUCAAUGACGAAGAUCCCGACUGGGAGACUACUGCCGCCGGACGCCCAUACUCAUACAAAUACGGCUACGGCAAGCUCGACGCCUUCCACUAUGUCACGGCCGCGCAGUCCUGGAAGCUCGUCAAGCCUCAGGCGUGGAUGGAGCUACCCGCGAUUCAGAUUAAUAACGGCACGAUGAACCUCCUCGACGAGAUGAGCGGCGGCGAGGUGAUUGGGCCUGAUGGUGUGGAGAGCAAGAUGGUCGUGACGAAGGAGAUGAUGGAGCAGCAUAACCUCGAGACACUGGAGCAUGUGACGGUGCGGGUGUGGAUUCAGCACGACCGGCGGGGAGACGUCGAAGUCGAGCUGACGAGCCCCAACGGGAUCAAAAGUAUUUUGGCCGGGAAGCGAAAUGGAGAUGCCGCGAAGACAGGGUUCCCCGGUUGGCGCUUCAUGACGCUCAAGCACUGGGAUGAGGAUCCAGUCGGCGAGUGGACGAUCCGUGUCUCGGAUCAGCAACAGGAGGGUCGUACCGGCUCCUUCCUCGGCUGGAGCAUGUCCCUAUGGGGGGCCACCAUCGAUCCGUCCAAGGUCAAGCAGUAUGAAGUCCCGGUGGUGCAGAACGUCCUUCCGCCCUUAGAGACCGAGGAGGCGGACCAUCCAGUAAUCUCCUCUUCCACUGCCGCGGCUGCUACCUCGACAAAGACACGACCGAAGCCGACCGCUCACCUUCCGGGUGACCACGGUGAUGCCGAGGGUGACGCUAGUACACCCGCUUUCACCAGCGGCGUGGAAGACGCCGUUGAAGCCACUGCAUCGCCCACCAUGACCCCAACGCCCGAUGAAGGCUGGUUCUCGGACAUGUCCAGCUUGGUGUCUGACCAGAAGUGGUUCGUUGGAGCGGCAGCCCUCGUGCUCGUCUUUGCCAUAGCUGUCGGCAUCUUCUUCUGGCGACGCCGCGUAGCGCAGAGGCGCCUGGCUCAGUACAGCAGCGUCGCUGGUGAUGACCUUGCCAUGAGCUCCGUGGGUCGUGGCGGGCGUUCCAACAUCAGCGGAGCCCGCAACACCAAGGAGCUUUACGACGCGUUCGGCGAAGUUUCAGAUGACGAGGAUGCGGAUGAAGAGACAGGCUUGCGUGGCGGCCGACCGCACGAUCGCUCGCCUGCAGGCCUCGGUUUCCAUUCUGGCUUCCUCGACGACGACGAACCAGCGUCCGCGCCCAUGUAUCGAGACAACCCAAGCGACAUAGAUCGCGUGCGAGAGCGGGUGGAUAGUCCUGCCAGCGGGAGCGGGGUGGGGAGUGCGGACGGCAGCUGGGAGCACGCAUCACAGGUUCGGUAGUACCAUUGUUAUUAUGGACAUGUAACGCAACAUAAUAUAUUAUGCAUUAUUCGGGUUGGGUAUCACUACACAGAAUGGGUAUCUAUACGAGAGCGGCGACAUCGUACCGUGCCGCGGCCUCAGGAGUCAGAGUAAUUUAUCAGGGUAAAAGCAACUUCAGUCGAGUCGCAUGGCCAGCUGGCGAUGACCAUAUUGAACCACGGAGUUUGGUUGCCAAGUGGAUGACCAAGUUCUGCUUGCUGUCGAACGCGCAUGCA